AUGGCACCCACCACACGAUCUCAUCAAUCAACACCUGUACCAGAGUCGGAGUCGACAUCCACAGCAUUCUCACCUUCCCCUUCGCUCGGUGGCGAUAUCAAGCAGAGACCCAGGGAGGGCAGUCGAAGUAGGACGAGAGAGGAGGUUUGGGACCCUAAAUAUGCUGUUGACCUUGCGAUCGACGAGAAUGUCUUCCUCUUUGUACCCAACCUCAUAGGAUACGUGAGGGUAUUAACGGCCGCCGCCUCAUUGGUGUUCAUGCCCUACCAUCCUAAGUGGUGUACUACACUGUACUUUGUCAGUUGCAUGUUAGAUGCUUUUGACGGUAUGGCAGCUAGAGCUUUGGGUCAAACUUCCAAAUUUGGUGCUGUACUGGAUAUGGUCACUGAUAGAUGUGCAACUGCAUGUUUAUUGACUUUCCUCACUUCCGUUUACCCCAAUUGGUCAUUACUCUUCAUGUUCCUCAUCACUUUGGAUUUCUCUUCUCAUUAUAUUCACAUGUACUCAUCUUUGGUAACUGGUUCAUCAAGUCAUAAAACCGUUACUUCAGAUGUAUCUCGUAUUUUAUGGUAUUACUAUAACGAUUCGCGUACACUUUUCUUUUUCUGUUUCGCUAACGAAGUAUUCUUCGUAUGCCUAUACUUAAACGCAUUCUGGUUAACUCCCAUCACAUCUUCUUUCCCCAUUCCUACAUUUUUGAUCAACACCGAGUACGCUUUGAUUCAGCAGAACCCCAAGCUAUUUGGAUAUAUUGUAUAUCACUUGAAGAAUUUGACUUGGCCUCAGGUCGUUGGACUUUUGACCUUCCCCAUUUGUGCGGGUAAACAGAUCAUCAAUGUAGUUCAGUUCUGGAAAGCUUCGAAGAUCCUCGUCGGCGUUGAUUUGGCGGAGAGACAAACUGCAAGAAGAGAAAAAGCUUUGAAAGCCCAUCAACAGAAAUAG